AUGACCACGUUCGGUCAGAAGCUCCUCACGCUGGAGGACCUCAAGAUGGCGUUCAACGUAUUCUGCUGCGUUUACGGAGUUGGAACGCUCGGUAUGCCCGGCAACUUUUCGCGUGCCGGCCCCGUGCUCGCCGUUAUCGCCAUGCUAUUCAUGGCGUUUGCAAACGUGUACGCCUCCGUGGCCAUCUGUCGCGUCAUGCUGCUCGCUCCUAAGUCUGUCAAGACGUACGGUGACCUAGGGGCCUGGGCGGCCGGUAAAUGGGGCCACUGGUUUGCCGUGGUGGCUCAGAUGGCCUCGUGCCUGCUCGUGCCGUGCGUGCUCCUCGUAUUGGGCGGCUCGCUGCUCGACGGUCUGUUCCCGAACGCUUUCAGCGAUUCCGUCUGGAUCAUCUUCAUGGCCUUAAUGUGCCUACCCGUGUGUCUUAUCCCCACUCUGAAGGAAGGGGCGGGCGCUGCUUUCGCUGGUUGUGCCGGCACAGUCAUCGCCGAUAUCAUCGGUGUGGCGGCUGUGCUGCACGGCAUGCGAGGCCACCCGUCCGUGCCGUCACCCGACCUUAAGUUCUCUCAAGUCGCCGGCGUGUUUGGCAACCUGUCGCUUGCGUAUGGUGCCGGCGUCGUUAUCCCGGCUUUACAACGUCAGCAUAGUGACCCGAAGCGAAUGCCUCGCGUGGUAUUGUUCACUAUCACACUGAUCUCGUGUCUGUUCCUGAUCCUGGCCAGUACGGCCUAUUCGGCUGUGGGUUGUCAGAUCUCCGGCAACUUGUUGUUCACGAUCUACCCGGACGCCGAUACCGGCAUGACUUCGCUCGGUUUCAAGUCGGAUUGGGGUGCCGUUGUCCUAGCCUACCUAUUCAUGCAGCUUCACAUUACUAUUGCUUUCUCCGUUCUACUGAACCCCGUGUUCUACCUGUCCGAGCGUCUAGCGCUUGGCAUGCACAAGAAGAAACAGAGCGACAUUGAGAGCGGUCUCACUUAUGCCGAGAUGGGAACUUCCGCCAAGGAAUCCGUCGCAAACCCGUCGGUGAACGCCGUGUCGGAGUGUCGUUCCGGCACGUCCUUUAUCUGA